AUGGGCGUUCCCGACGCCGAGUCCUACGGUGGUGCCAGGCAAUUGUCAGGCCGCGGCCAUAGUGCUGGGGACAUUGGUGACAGCAACGACACCAACGACAGCAACACCACCGUGACCGCGACCUAUACCGUGACGGUCACCAGCACCUCCACGUUGCUGACGACCACGGCCGACGUGGCGCCAGUAAGGGCGAACGGCUCCCCUCUGAUCGUGAUCCUGAUCAUUCUCAUUUGUGUGCUGGUCUUCGGCCUCUGCGGCGGAGGCUGUCUGUAUGGCUUUUUGUUGUGGCGGCAGAGCUCCGCUCAGACCAACGUCAAAUUGGUGAAGCAGGUGGAUACGGAGGCGGCCGACUUCGAGGCCAACUUAACGAGUCUCCAGCAGCACAUGCAGCGGCUGAAUCUCUGCAGGGACACCGAGGGACACCGAGGGACACCUGGGGCGCCCUGCGAAGUGGGGGAACGCUUGGAAAAAGAGAAGGAGAAGAAGGAAUUGGUGAGCAAGGAGCAUACGGCUUUGCAGACCAAGUGGAAAAACGUUGAGGUGCAGAGUAGAGAGUUCCUGGAUCUGCAAUACACUCCUUGUUUGCGCGAGCGGCAAGAGCAUCAGCGUGGCAAGGAGCUACUGCGGCGGCAAAAGCAACAGCGACGCCAAGCGGAAGCGAAGCGAAAGGCGGAGGAGCAGCUGCAAGUCCAGAUCCGCAACCCGGAGCAAGGGGUGCUGGUGGAGCUUCAGCGUGAUGAGGAAAGAAGCGCGCGGAGCUUGAAAGAGAAGAGAAGAAGAAGCAGAGACUUGGAAACUGAGAUUGGCACAGGCCAAACAGCAACCAGGACACUGUUCGUGGACAGAGUGCUGAUCUCACCUGUGAUAAGCAAGUCAUUGGAAGGCACCGCCGCCGCCCCAGGCACCGCCGCCGCCCCAGGCACCGUGCCCGCCCCGGGCACUGCCGCCGCCGCGGGCACUGCGGCUGCACUGCCGGCCGCAGGAGCUACAGCUGGCGUUGCUGGGGCACCAGCGCUGGAUCCGCCCAAGACGCCGGAAGAGUUGGACGCCUUGGCUGUGGAGUUGGUGAAAGCCCACCAGGAAGAUUCGGGCCGAGCAGUGCUGGUCAUUGGUGGCAGCAGCGCCAACUUGGCUCCCGAGGAGGAUGUUGGCCUCUGCCCGGAGGGAGCUGUCACCAGCAACAAAGAACUGAAACUGCAGCUGAAGAGCCUGGAGACCUUGCGCAACGCCCACAGCAGCGUCGUGGCGGAGCUCAAGGCCAUCCGCGACCAGGCGGACCUCAAGGGCUUGGAGGAGCCUGAGCUGAGAGUCUCCGUGGAGAUGAAGACGCAGGGCUGGUGGGAAGGGAACUACCUGGAAGAGCAGGUCAAAGUGAUCAACAGCUUUUCCCAUCCGCUUCUGAAGAGUUUCAAGGUGAAACCGCACGGCGUCCUGGGCACUGCCGAGGGGGAGAAAGAUCUCGCGCCUAUGGCGCCCGUCGAGGCUGUUGUGGUGGACCCUGCGGGCUUCAUCUUCAUCGGCUACCGCAACAACAUCCGUGGCGCCAGCGGAGCGUCGGGGUCCGUCUACAAAUGGUUGAACCUUGCGGCGCCGCCUGCGAGUGGUCGCUUCCCGCAAGAGGUGAACCGUCAUUUCGUGGCGAGUAGAGAAGUGGAAGCCGAAGGGCGUGCAAAGCUCCACGCCUACAACUCGGGACAAGUGGUGAUCCAUGCGGUUGGACCCAAGCUGAGAGACCUGCUGAAGGGUGUGCAGGGCCUUUCGCGGACCUAUCUCAACGUGCUCUCCGAGUACUGCCAGGCAGUCCUUUCGGAGGCCAAGUUGGGAGAGGGCAUAGCCCACGGCUCUAAGGGAAGUGGAAAAGGGGGCAAAGGAAAAGGAAAAGCACCCGUGCCGAUCCCGCGAGUGCUGCGUUUGCCUCCGAUCUCUUCAGGUAUCUUCUGUGAAGAUGCGCGGCUACAACCGCACAUGGCAGAGAUCACGUGGGCCUCGAUCUCGUUGGCCCUGGCCAUGCUGCCACCGGAACUUCAGGAGUUGCUGAAGACGGUGCAGCUGGAAGUCUGCAUCUUCCAGAAACGCGAGGUCAGCGUCUACCAAGGUGUCUUAGACGCCAAGGUCAAGGCGCCCGAACCCCUGAAGCUGGAAGCUCGAGGUCAAAUCGCAUCUCGGGGACCUGGAAAUUUCGAUUGGGUGAGAAAACAGAAUGGCAGCCAGGAUCGUUUGGAGCGCCUGGCCGCCUUCAUGAACACCGCCCAGGCCCUAGCCUCGGGGGGCUACGCCCUGGGUAGCGGCAAAGCGCAGACCUUGCAGCUGCAAGCCAUGUUGCAGGGUACCAAGAUCCAGCGUGCCAAGCCUUUGCCUGAGGACACUGAAGGCGCCAAAGUGGCCGAGGUGGGCAACGAAGGUGCGGCGCCGGCCGCGGCCGAGGCCGUUGCCAGUGGAGCUGCACCCAAAGUCUCCUACGACCAGGAUGGCCGAACGGUGCUGGAGAAUGCGGUGAAGGUGUCCAAAGCAGGCAAAAAGGCAGUGGCCGUGAACGCUGCCUCAGCCUACUCCGUGGGGGGUGGCGUGAUGAGCGGUGGUAGACAUGCGCUGGAGGAAUCCUGUUGCAUCACCAGCACCUUAUUGGCGUCCUUGCAGAAAGCUCAAUGGGAUCAAUUGCAGAGCCCGGAGGAGCAUGACGGCCCAUGGCAUGACAGCGAGGCAUUUCACGCGCACGUGCCGGUGGACGGGUGCAUUGUGAGUCCCUUCGUGGAGGUCUUCCGGGAAGGCAGCAACGAUGGCUACGGAUUCCUUGAUGCCCCGGUGAAGCUGCAAGGAGUCUGUAGUGUAGCAAUGUUCAACAUGAAUCCUCGCGUGAGCGAUAGUCCGCUGGACGCACCUCGGGAUUUCAAGACCUAUUGCCAGCAGGCGAAGCUGAAGUUUCGCUCAGUGGCCAUGGGAGCCCUGGAAAUGGGCGCCGAGGCCGGGGCGGCGCCUGGGACCACCGCAGGACGCCGUGUCUUACGACACGGUGAUUGCUGCUGUACCGUGGAGCUGGUCGUGGAGCUUGCAUCUCCUAUUGGAAGCGGCAAGAAGUCGCUUGCAGUGCUCAGAGGAGGCUAUGAGCAGCGCGUGACUUGGAGGACCGAGAGGCUGGGGACGUGUGCGCUGGCUGCUGCUUGGUGUCAGGCUGUGUGCCUUUGGGGCCGCCAUGUUGCCUCUGCUGAUGCCGCCAUGUUGGAUCGAUUGGCGCUGGCAUGUGAAAGCGCUGCUCCCCAAAAGCUGCCGGGUGUGCUGGAGCAGAGCUGCCGCGCAGGGCUGCGGGAGUUCGUGGUGAAAAGUCUGAGCCGCGGAGCCGUGGAAUGA